UGAAAACUUCAAGUUAUAUUGUAAUCGAUCAACAUCAACUUAGGACUUAGAGGAAUGGUAAAACAUUAACCUUCAAUUAUUACACAGACAAUCGAUGUAACCUUUUUCACCGAGAGGAAAUUUUUGUGCGAGAAUGGGAGAUCCAGUACAUGGGAAAACUUUAUUUCUCAGAAUGUGUGGCAUGUGUCAUACGUGUAAUAAAGACGAGCGACAUAAAAUAGGUCCUAACCUUUUUGGAAUAUUUGGCAAAACAUGUGGCACUGUACCUGGAUUUAAAUCUACCGAUGCGAUGAGAAAAAAAGGUGUUGUAUGGGACGAGAACACUUUAAACGAAUAUUUACAAUUUCCGAAGCAAUUUAUCCCUGGCACGAAAAUGAUGUUCAAUGGUAUUAAAAAAGCGGAAGAUCGUAGAGAUAUAAUCGCUUUCUUAGCAACGUUGAAAUGAAAAUUCGAAAAAUUGCAUCUACUUAUGUGAAAUAUUUUGUACAGUGACCAAAAUAAGGUAUUCUUAGCGUUAGUUCGAUGAAAAUAAACAAAUAAAAUAAAUAAUAAAUUAACAAAAUUAGAGAAAAAUGACUCGUUAGAUUUGUUGCCCAUAUUUUAAUGCACUAUUACUCUACUCACCUGGAUGUCUUGAUGAAUUCCAAGCACGCAAAGAACGAAGCUAGAACCUGCAGCGGUAGUGUCAUGACCCUAAAAUGUAUGUAACGUCCUUUCAUUAUACGAAAAAAGCAUUUUUAUAUUUAUUUUCUGUUUUAUUCGAAAGAAAUUUUUUGAUAAAAGGAGAUUAUGUAACAUCUAAAAAUUUAUAAGCUUUUAUUUUUAAAACAAAAAGCUAUAACUUUGUACUAAACACUGUAAAAUAGUGUCAUUUUCAGUUUAAAAUGUUUCUUUUGCAUAAAAUUUAUAGAAUAAAUUUAGUUUAAACAUUUUCUUAUGACAUAUUACAUACGAAGAAUGAAAGAUUAAUUAUUCAUAUGAUUUUCCAGACAAUUGAGAGUAACAUACAAUCGAAAGCAUGUUUCGAAUUCACUUAGCUUAGUUUAUCAUAAAAUUAAGCGACAAGGUUUUCUAUAUAUAUUAUAAAUAAAUAAUUAUUAAU